AUGACUGGUUCAACAAUUGGAAAAGAGAAAACAUUUUGUCUCAGAAAGUUAAGUUUGCAGCACACAUGUGCAACUUCAGGUGAAAGAUGCAAGGUUACUGGAAAAUGGGUUGCCAAGGUUUGUGAGAGGAACAUGAGGAUGGACACCAGGACAAGUAUCGAGACUGUGAUGGAUACUGCCAAGGAAAAUUAUGGUGUUGAGGUUGGAAAGGUAAUGGCUUACAGAGCGAGGAAGAGAGCUUUGGAGGUUGUGCUAGGUGAUCAGGUGAAGCAAUAUAAGAGGAUUAGAGACUAUUUGCAGGCAGUGAUUGACACCAACCCUGGUAGUAGGUGCAUUGUUACUACAAAAGAAUUGGUAGAGCACCCAAGCCCAAAUCCUAGAUUCCAUGGCAUGUUCGUUUGUCUAAAUGGAUCAAAAGAGGGAUUCCUUAAUGGUUGCAGACCAUUUAUUGGGUUGGAUGGAUGCUUUGUCAAGCUGACCACAGGACAACAAAUACUUGCAGCAACCGGAAGAGAUGGGAACAACAACAUUUAUCCACUUGCAUUUGGACUUGUCGACAAGGAAGACACUGCUAGUUGGUGUUGGUUUCUUACUCAGUUGAAGAUAGCUAUUGGUGGAGUAGAAGGAAAAUUUGGAAAAUACACUAUCAUUUCUGAUAGGCGAAAGGGGCUGCUCAAAGCCAUUAACCAAGUAUUCCCAGAAUGUCCACAAAGAUAUUGUCUAAGGCAUAUUUAUGCCAACUUUCAGCAAGCGGGCUUUAGAGGGGAAGAACUGAAGAAGUAUAUGUAUGCUGCCAGCUACUCCCACACCCAACAUUUAUUUGAUGUUCAUAUGCAGAACAUGAAAGAUGAGUCAGAGGAAGCUUGGGCAUGGCUAAGCAAGAUUCCAGUGGAGUGCUGGGCAAGGUACGCAAUGGACACUAACUGCAAAACUGAUCUUGUUGUGAACAACUUGAGUGAGGUUUUCAACAAGAUGAUUCUAGAUGUUAGAGGCAAACCGGUCAAAACAAUGUUCGAAGGUGUUAGAUCAAAACUCAUGGUGAGGCAUGAAGAGAAGAGGACGGGUGCUGCAUCAUCAAGGUGGGAGAUCACUCCUACAUACUGUGAGAUACUUGAAGAAAACAAAAAAUGGUCAAGGAAUUACAAAUCCCAGAAAUCAGUGGGAAAUUUGUGGCAAGUGAGCAGAGGUGUCGAAAGUACUUAUGUUGUUGAUUUGGAUGCUAGAACUUGUGGGUGCAGGAGGUGGGACAUGACAGGAAUUCCAUGUAGUCAUGCCAUUUCUGCGAUUUACAAAUCUAGGCAGCAACCAGAAGAUUUUGUCCAUGACUUCUUCAAGAAACCCAUGUAUUUGGAGGCAUACAACCCUGUUAUCUAUCCAGUACCAAGUGAAGAUCAAUGGAGAAAGACUGAUACAGUUGACAUAGAUCCACCUGUGUUUAAAAUAGAGAAGGGUAGACACCAGACUAAGAGAAGGAAAGGCAAAUUUGAAGUCCCUGAGCCUAAGGAGACAUCUAGGAUGGCAACUAUUACUUGUAGCAACUGCAAUCUACUUGGACAUAGAUACACAAGUUGUACACAAACACUGCAGCCACAUUUGCAGAUGAGAAAAAAUCAACACCAGGAAAAUAGGAGAAACGAGGAAGGCAACUACCAGCGCCUCGGCCACCUCCAGUGGCAGCAGCAGCGGCUCGGCCACCUCCAGUUGAUGCUGCAGCGGCUCGGCCACCUCCAGCAGUGCCCCGGCCACCUCCAGCUGCAGCUGCAGCGCCCCAGCAACCUCCAGCAGCGGCUCGGCCACCUACAACGGCAGCUACAGCGCCCCGGCCACCUACAACAGCAGCUACAGCGCCCCGGCCACCUCCAGCAGCGGCUCGGCCACCUCCAGCUGCAGCUGCGUCUCGGCCACUAA